AUGGUCUCUAUCAAGACUUUGCUUGUCGUGGCCUUCAUCUCUCUAGUGAGCGCAAAGCCGCAAUCUUGUACUUGUGUCGAUUCGGAUGAGGCGGAACGCCUCUGCAGCAUGCUCCAAAAUGUCAAAAUGUUGUAUGGGAGAUGCCUUACGGCUAAUGAGAAAGCCACCGCUGAAUUCUCUACCUUGUGCGAUCAGAGCGACAAGAAUCGCUUCGGUGCAUACUGCCGAGAUCUCCGCGAUGAUGAAUCAUUUUAG